CAAAAGUUCAACUUGGCCUUCCGUUUUCCUUCCGUCGCUCUCGGAUUUCUUUCUUCCAUAUACCCCCACCAUCUGCGAGGAGCUGCAGAGUCCUUAAGCCUCCCCUGAGGCCGACUCGUUAGGAUGCGGUCCUUCGUUUGCGUCCCAUCUUCGGCCCUGAUGACGACCUUCGCUCUACGUUUCCGGAUUCUGAUCUUGCUGCUACUCAUCCUCGGACUGGACUGCGUCGGCGCCGUCACAGUAUACAACCAGCAACCCUACGGCGCGUCUGUCACUGGUACGGCGACUGCGACGACCUACGCGGCAUACAACACCUCCACGCUGGCAGCGCCUGCGCCACCAAACGAGCCGACCAAUGACUUCACGCUCGAGCUGCAGUCCUCUAGUGACGGCGUGUUCGGCCUCGGUAUCCCGCAAACAUAUGGCAACCUAUGGGGUUUUUCUAUCGAAAUGUCCGUGAUCAAUCAAGUCAUCGGCCGCAACUCGACGCAUCUGCAGCCGCCGUUCCUAAACCUAAUGCAGACCCUUGUCGAGCGCGGCGGUCCAGUGCGCAUCCGCCUAGGCGGAAACACGCAGGAGUUCGCUUUCAUGGUCGACGACUUGGGUGACGGCAAGGCAGUCUCGAAGCAAAAGGCCGAGUCGAACAAUCCGACAGAAACACCCGCCGUAAUAUACACCAUGGACCUCUUCUAUCUUAUGUCCAACGUGUCUUCCUUGGUCGAUGUCCGCUGGGUUCUUGGCGUCCCCUUCAAUGAGACCGACUGGCGGCUCGAGAUCGCCCAGUACGGGACGCAGAUCCUUGGCGACAAGCUCCUCGCGCUUCAGAUUGGCAACGAGCCGGAUCUGUAUGUGGCCCACGGCCACCGCCCCGACACCUACACGCCCGCGACAUACUCGGACGAGUUUGCAUCUUGCGGCGACGCGCUCGACGCUGCGGGGAUUCGCACGGACAAAUAUCUGAUAGGACCCAGUGUCGCCACGGGCGACUGGCGGCCGGAGGACGUGUGGGAUACCGGAUUUUUGGACCGGCAUAAAGACCGACUCGGCAUUCUGGCAGUAGAGCACUACCCGGACAACAACUGCUUCGCGAUGUACGGCGCCAACGGAUCGCCCAAGGUCAACCAGGACGAAUUCCCGCUCUUCCUCAACCACACCGCGCCCGUCUCUCUACUUCAACCGUACCUGAACUCGAGCGCGCUCGCGCAGGGGGCGGGGCUGCCGUUCUAUAUGCUGGAGACGAAUACGGCGAGUUGUGGUGGCUUCCCGGGCAUCUCCAACAGCUACGGCGCGGCGCUGUGGGCGUUGGAUUAUGGAUUUCAACUGGCGUACAGCAACUUCUCGGGAGGUAUGCUCCACGUCGGUGGGCAGAACGUGUUCUACAACCCCUUCACCGCACCCCCCGGCGCCCGCAGCGCGUACUCGGAAUUUACGCUCGGCUCCAUCUUCUACAGCGCGCUCAUCCUCUCUGAAGCAUUAGGGUCAACCGGGACUGCGCAGGUUGUCGACCUUCAAGGCAAUAAUGGCAAUAUCUACACCCCUCAGUACGCGGUAUAUGAGAACGGGAAGCUGGCUCGUGUGGCGCUAUUCAACUACGUGACGGAUGCCAACGGGGGGAACGACUAUACCGCAACAAUUCGCGCGGACGGGUUGCCAGGGAGUGCGAAGGUGAAGUACCUGCAGGGUGGUGAGGGAGGCGUCGCGGCGAUCAAGGACUUCAAGUAUGCUGGGCAAACCUUCGGCAACCAAUUCGAAGUCGACGGCAUCCUCCGCGGCGACCUUGACGUGCAGACCGUCGCCUGCUCCGACGGUGGGUGCGCCGUCCACGUCCCCGCGCCCGGCUUCGCAUUGGUCUUCCUGGAGGACGACGCCGACGUCGCCGACAAGGACGCGGCGACGCGCACGUUUGCGACGACCGCGCAGACGAAGACGCUGAACACGGCCACGGUGGACCCGAGCGUGCUGGCGACGGCGAACGGGAUGAAUGGGACAGAGCGAGGGUGGCUGGGGAGUACGUCGCAUGGGAGUGUAACGGACGGGGCGGUGGGGAGGGUAGGGGGUGGUGAGCUGGUGUGGGCGGCUGUAUGUGUGGUGGGCGUCUCGAUGUUGUAUGUGUCAGUGUAGAUGUAAGGAAGAAGUCACUCUAAACCCCUGGAGAGGAAGACUGCGUUGAAUCUUGACGUGAAAGGGCACAAUCUCGCGGGUGGACCACGGUGC